CCGGGACUGCUGUACUCCAUGCAUGUAAGUGUGAACGCAGUGGCUCGAUCGUCGAAUGCAUACUCAGCAUUUCACUAUUAUAUAAAACGCCUGGAGACUAGGGCAUACCAGCACCUGAUACUCCCUAUGAAUAAUCCUAUCAUUAUCUUUUCAUCCUCAUAUAAUCCAAUAAUUACAGAAUCCAUAUCAAUCAACCAAUAAGCUUACAAAUUCUCAUCAUGUCCAACCGCAGCAACAAUAAUCACAGGGAAUACUACAUACCAAUCCCCCUAUUACGAAGAUUCAUUUGCUGGACCUCCCUGCAACUUCAAGCCAUUCUCGCGGCUCAUCUCGACCGAUUAGACGCACAACACGACCAAAGACGCGGUGGCGAACGCGACGAACGCGACGAACGCGGCCAAGGAGAUCGCGAAGAGCCGGAUAUGGAGGACAUCGUGAUGGGUGGCACUUCUCCAGAUAUGGAAGACGUCGUGAUGGGCGGCACUUCUCCAGACAUGGAGGACAUUGUCAUGGGCGGCACUUCUCCAGAUUGAGUGACUCCGUUUAGGCGGCCGUUGUUACAGCUUCAGUAGCUCUACGGUGG